CGCUAAUCUAUGACAAUGGCGCUCAAUGGCGGGGAUGCAGGAUUUAGAGGCGGCAAGGCGGUGUGGCACUCUUUUACCGCAGCAUUCGCAACAGCGCUGGACGCACCCCUCCCCUUGUUUCCUUGCUUUUCGUCUACCUUUCCAUUCUGCUUUCACGAUGGCCCACUAUGGCCAGCACUCUCAGCAGCCCAGCUAUGGUCAAUACCCUCCCCAGCAAUAUGCUGACCCUGACGGCGCCGAGUUCAAUCCCUAUAACAACAAUUUCGAAACUCAGCAGCCAUACAACCAGGGCAGAUACGACUAUCACGAUAAUCCAUAUGGUGGAGGCUACACGGACGACCCGACUGGUCAGCCAGUAUCGAAAGAGCAGGAUAAAAGCGUGUUUGAGCAGGAAGAAUAUGCCGCUCCUACAGCCCGGGGUCCAAGGACGUCGAAGGCAUUGCGUCGUUGGCGGUAUGAGCAUCAAGGCAACCUCUGGACUAAGGGUGGUCGUGGAAGAUGUUUUGGAAGAUUCUUCUGCUGCACGAUCAUGAUCUUUGUCUUCCUCUUUGUCGCAAUAAUAUUGUCGUUGGCUUUGUGGCUCAGGCCCCCUGACAUUGAAGUUGGUGGCCUCACCGAGUCGGCUUCGGGCAGUACAUUCCAAGUCCAGAAUGAUGGUGUCUCCUUCAAUGGUGGCGUUAAUAUCUCAGUGAACAAUCCGAAUAUCUUCUCUGUGAAAUUUGAUGAGAUCAAAGCAGAUGUCUUCUACCCUCUAAACACCACUAGGUUCGGUGGAGGCUCUUUGAAGGAUUUGACGAUCAAGGCGAACCAACGCACCGAAUUCACCUUCCCGUUUACCCUUAACUACACCGAUUCGAUCGACCCUAACGGUGCGAUCCUCUCAGACAUUAUGACUAAGUGUGGGGGCAACAAAGCCAACAACCUCAAAGUGGACUACACAAUUUCAGUAACUUGAUUUCAAAGUCAUCGUCAUACCAAUAAAGCCUACGAUCAACAACAAUAUCGCCAUUCCUUGUUCACUCCUCAUAGACGGUCUAGGGAGUAUCAUAGGCUCCCUCGGCGGUGGUGGAAGCGGGUUGGGUGGCCUUCUCAAUAACCUUUUCUAGACCUUGAGCGGUAGUAGCCCAUACCGCCUGCUUUGUUUAGCUAGUUUUGCAUUUCUUGCUGUGAUAGACAUUUGUAUGUAUUGCACGGACGAUAUACUGGACAGACUCAUCGUAAUACACUUACGGCGGACUUUAUAUAAUGACGGUUGCGUGUAUCGCGUCAACGUUGUAUUAUGAAUGCAGAAGAGAUUAUUGAGUACAAGCCAAUGAACACGCUAAAAAAAAAAUAAGCAGUACAAUC